AUGCCCCGCAGCGUUCGAUCUCAGGACCGGGACACCCUGGGCCACGGUGCCCUUGUCGGCGCGUGGCGCUGUAGCAGCGCCCGCCUCCCGCUUCCCGCCUCCUGCCUCGGUGGCCGCGCAGGGUCGGAGUCGAGAGCAUCCCCAAGCGCCCAAGCCAUGGUGGCCAAACAGCGGAUCCGGAUGGCUAAUGAGAAGCACAGCAAAAACAUCACCCAGAGGGGAAACGUAGCCAAAACCCUGAGGCCACAAGAAGAGAAGUACCCUGUUGGGCCAUGGCUGUUGGCCCUGUUUGUUUUUGUGGUCUGUGGCUCAGCUAUCUUCCAGAUCAUACAGAGCAUAAGAAUGGGCAUGUGAGAGGGCCAGGAUGGCGUCUGCUGCUGCCCUCCUGCUGGCAGACGAAGGACCACUGAGGCCUUCAGCGGGCUAUAGGAAGCAAACAAGCCAUGGCUGAUAGAAAGGAGGUCCCCCGUUCCCUCCCGCUCCUUGGUGGAGGUCAGACCAAAUUGCCUUCUCACAGGACAUUUCCGUGCAUCUGUGUCCUCCAGCGGAGAGGACUCUGCUCUUCUGUUGGCUGAUCUGAUCGGAAGUCACAUGGGGGACCCCUGCGGCAGCUCUGUCUGUCUGGUUCCCCGGGUUUCACUGUGGUGUGCAUGUGGCCCUCUGAGCGACCACCCCUUUACAUCCUGCCAAUCAAUCUCUUCUGUGUCAGGAAUUGGUUUUACAAAUAAAUGUCGUCAUUCAACCUUAA